UGCUUUUAUAUUGCGGCUCCCCGAACAAGUUAUGCAGUGCGAGUGCCACAUCAUCUAGUAGAAAAACAAAAAUAUCAGGAAGUUUUUUUCGUUGUGGACGAUAGCGAAGCUGUUUACUCACCCAUAUGACUAUGGCCAAUGGUUGAGCUCUUUGCGAGCAAGAUCGAUUGCGACUACCACUCCUUCCGCGAGGAUGAGCAUGAGCAGUUCCCUGUGCUGCAACUACGCGAUCCCUGUGCCUACGACCUGUCGACAACUUACCUCGACAUGCUGCUCCAUAACCUCAAUUUUGGGAAAAGCCGUCGACAGUCGGGCUGUAGUGCAUCUAGCACCUUCUACAUUCAGUUCGAGAAGGCAGGGCUGCAGCCACUUAGUCGUCCGCGGAGGCCAAGAAGUCAUACGCAGAGCGUGCAAAAGUACAGAAGCGCCGCAGCAGACCAGGCGUUGGCUUGGAACAAUGAGAACGAGGACGUCAACAAACAGAAGGUCUGCUAUGUGCCCAACAGUACUUCUGCAACAACAGAUCACGACCGCGCCACCGUCUCCAACCCCGACGCCAUCACUGGCGCUCCCUCGCAAUCGACGAGAUCCCAGCCGUCGUCUUGCCGGCUUGUACUACCAGCACAGCCAGGUCCAGGCCCGCUGGAUGACCCACUACGAGAGACUGGGCCUGGUGCCGCCGUCAAACGAAAAAGAGAUCAAACGGGCGUACUUCCAGAAAGCAAAGGAAUGUCAUCCCGAUCUGCAUGGCACGGCAAAGACCAAGGAGUUUCAGGAGCUGUCCGCUGCAUACGCCGUGCUAAGCGACCCGAGGAAAAAAGCUUCGUAUUGAAGAUGAUAAAGCGCUGUAUUUGAUCGAUAAAGAAUAAGAAGUACUAGAAGCUCAAGCUCUAUUUCACGCGAGACAAACUAAGGCAUACUGAAAAGAAACCGCUUUCUCAAAGACAUCUUGAUGAGGCAGCUUCUAGUCUUCGAAAUUGAAUGAACCGCUUCUAACGCACAUACAAUUUUUGUUUGUUUCUAACCAGGUACGACGCUUCCGGGUAUCAGGACCGCAACUACGACGCUCCGUCGCAGCCCGGGUCCUCUGCUGGGUUCGACGACAUGCCCGACGUGGACGCUGCUUACGCGAUGUUUCGUCAGGUGUUCAACGAGUUCGGGUUCCAGAUGUACUACGAUACCCUGGUGCAGGACGUGCAGAACAGCUACGACACGGCGAUUGCCAAGCAAAGCUACGAGCCCUUCUGGGACUUGGCGAAACGCCGCAAGGGGCUGGUCCUCGGAAUCGUGGUGCCCUCUUUGCUGGUGUUCCGGUUUCCCUGGAUCGCGCUAGCGGCCACGCGCGUGCUGGGCAGCGUGGGCAUGAUGCUCUUCCAGAUGGUCGCGCGCAACCCCCGGCUCCAGGCCGCAGUGGCCGCGUGGCUCUGGAAAAGAAUUGUCGAAUUCUCCGCACGGAUGACCGAGCAAGCAGCGUCCUCGUCUUCAUCUUCGGGCGGAGAGCAGGCGGACAAAAGUAAAAAUGGCACUGGCUCGACGGCGCGACAAAACGUCGAAAACGGAAGCAAAGCGACCUCGAGAAACGCAUCUUCAAGUAGCAAUCGCACCAGAAGAAAUACUCGCUAGGGGUAGGGCUACUCCUUGAUGUAAGUUGUUUUCUAUUCCUCAAGCCACACAGAGGCAUGUACAAAGACAAACGCAAAACAUGACGAGCGAAGCUGCUUAUGCUCGUCACGUACUUUUACGACGAGAAGAC